AUGGUUGUUGGUUCGGCGACGUACCCAGGGAGGCAAGUGCUUCACAAGAUGCAACCUAUGGGCAUGACUCCUCGUGAGUUAUCAGAGUAUGAUGAUUUGGCUACAGCACUCAUAGUGGACCCAUAUCUUGGCAUAACUACACAUAAAAUGAACAUUCGUUAUAGGCCUUUGAAGACUAAUAAAGAUGAAUUAAAGAGUAUUAUUAAAGAAUUUAUGCAAACACAAGACUAUAAUAAAGCAUACACAAAAUUAGCUAAUGGAGAGUGGAUGCCUAGACAUUUUAGCAAAAAUAAACACCAACAGAGCAAGCUAAGGGAACAUAUUUAUCGUUAUUUGAGAGUGUUUGACAAAAAAGCAGGAUUUGUUAUAGAGCCCUGCUACAGAUACUCUUUAGAAGGUCGAGUUGGAGCUAAGAUAUCCACAACAAAGAAAUUUUUUAAGCAUGAAAGGAUUGAUUUUCUAGUUGGGUGUAUUGCUGAAAUGACUGAAGAGGAAGAAAAACAAUUACUACAUCAAGGAAAAAAUGAUUUUUCAGUUAUGUAUAGUUGUAGGAAAAACUGUGCUCAGUUAUGGCUUGGUCCUGCUGCCUAUAUCAAUCAUGACUGCAGACCUACUUGUACCUUUGAAGCUACAGAUCGUGGGAAAGCCUUUGUUCGUGUACUGCGAGACAUUGAAGUAGGAGAAGAAAUUACCUGCUUUUAUGGAGAGGACUUUUUUGGAAAUGGUAAUUGUUACUGUGAAUGUGAAACUUGUGAAAGACGAGGUAAGGGUGCAUUUUCUGUUAAAAAUGCACAUAAUGAUGAGCAGUCUACUAGAUACAGAUUUAGAGAAACAGAUAAUAGAAUAAAUAGGACAAAGGCAAAACAAAUACAAAAGAAUGAGAAUGGAAAAAAUCCUGAAAAAUCUCAAAUAUCCAGUAGACAAAACACAGACAUAGUUUCUCCACUUAGCAUGAAAGAAAUGAAGCAAAAAGGCUUAACUAAGUAUGAUGCUGAACUUCUAAUAGCCCAGGGUUGUAUUGCAGAUGUUAUGGAUGGACCUGUAAACAAUGAGGCACACAGUAGUAGGGAGUCCUCUGCUUCAAGUAGAGGAGAGAGGUUGCGGCGACGCACAGACAGCGGUAGAACUACAAAUGGUGUGUUGAUAUCUAAUAGUAGUAAUGUAAAACGACGUGCACCUCCUUCACGUUGCUGUAGUACAACCAGCUCACGCAGUAGUCGUGACUCCCACACUGGUAUAGUUUUGAGAAGUCACAAACGCUUACUUGAUAGUUGUAUGCAGGCCACUUGUCCUAAAACUAAAAAUGUAUCUAAAGUAGGCACUGAGGCCAAAUUGGAUAGAAAUCUUAACACACCAAAAGCAGAAACUGACUUAAAUAUUUUAGAUACAAACAAAGUAAAUAUUAAAACUGAAACAUUACAAGAGAGCCACCAAGAAAAUGUUGAUUCUGUUGAUGUUAUCUCAGAAAAAACUAUACACUAUACACUAGAAAAAACGGAAGAAGAUUGUGAUACAAAAGAAUCUCUUUUGCCAUCAACAGAAUCAAAUAAUUCAACUGAAGAAAAGAUUGAAACAUCUGUUAGUGAUUCCAAUGUUCAAGAACAAAUAGUUGAUGAUAAAAAGUGUGAAAGUGACAAUGCUUGUGUGAAAAGUGAAAUAUAUGAUUUUAGAGAAAAUGUUAAUCCAAGUGAAUCUAAGGAUAGUAAAUUGAACAAGAAUCAAAAAGUAGACGUAACUAAUAGGACUGAGGAAUCAAGAAAAGAAACUGACUCUGGUCCUCCCUGGCUGGCAGACAACUCUAACAAAAGUAGUGAGUGUCCAUGCACUCCACCACGCCGGGGGCUCAAGUUGACAUUACGAGUGAAAAGGAGUCCUGUAGUGGAGGAAGUAAUGGAUUGUGGUAAUGCAACAGAGGCGACUGAAUAUGAAGUAUUACGACUAGAGGGUGUUGAUCCCGAGACAGCGCGGCGCUUAAAAAAAAGGCGUCGAUCUAAAGAACGACAUCGUAAACACAGCCCAAUCCGUCCUCUGCCUCCAAUGAAACGAUUAAGAUUAAUAUUUGGCAAUGAGAGCCGUACUAUUGAUUUGCCAACUGCUAUUUCAGCAGACUGA